AUGAUUGCAGAGAACUGGGUUCAGAAGAUAGAAGAGAUAUUGGAGGUACUUGGCUGCAUGGACGAGCAGAAGGUCUGGUAUGCCGCAUUUAAGAUGACCAAAGAAGCAAAAUGCUGGUGGCUUUCUAUGAAGCUACUAGAGGAAUAUAGAUUGGGGAAUAUGACAGUCGGAGAAUAUGUGGCCAAGUUUGUUGAAUUGUCGUGUUUUGCUCCGUUCCUAAUUCCGAAUGAAGUAAGAAAGGUCAGGAAAUUUGAAAAAUUCCUUAGGUGCAUAAUUUAUGAGCUGGUGGUGGGGUUUCCAGUUCAUAAUUUUUUAGAUUUGGUUGAUAAGGCUUCGGUGCUGGAAAAGAGCAUCCAAGGCAGUAUUAAAUCUAUAGAGAAGAAGAAGAGGCCUGCACCAUCCAGUUUUCAGGCUGAGGUCGGUCAGAGAUCAGGGAAGAAAGGGAAAUAUGCAGUGAACUCGAGAUAG